AUGCGAGAAACGAGGACAGCGUCUUCGCGCAGGAUUACAAGGAGCUCAAAACCCUCAACGUCUUCAGAGUCUGAAAAUCCAGUUUCAACCUUAAGUGAUGCUACGUCACCACGGAGUUAUAGUGCACGACGAAAAGCGGGCACUGAAGGAGAAGAUUCUACCUCGACUCCAUCUGAAUCGGAUUCAAAGCGAGUAGUGGCAAAUAAAUCCGCAAAACUCUGCACUCAAAGGCAACAGCAAAGUAGCAAGUUACUAACUAGAAACUCGAGGUCAUGGCAGAGAAAGCGCAAAUCCUCGUCGGAUGCGAACUCAGCUGAUGCCUCUGAACCAACCCCUUCAACCGUGGCCGACAGUUCCUCAGCAUCG